AUGGUGGAGCAGGGAGACGAGGCGCCGCUGUUGCGCUGGGCCGAGGGCCCAGCCGUGUCCCUGCCACAGGCCCCCGAGCUCCAGGCCAGCGGCCGGGGAUGGGGCGCGGGGGGCGGCGGCGGGGGGCUGGGGAGCGGGCCUGCAUCCGGGGCCCGGCGGGCUGCAGAGCCCGGGAAGAAGAAGGAGGAGGAGGAGGAGGAAGAAGAUGAGGAGGAGGAGGCGGAGUUCGGUCCGGGGGAACUGCUGCGGCGGCAGUCCGGGCGUCUGCCCCUGGAGGAGGAGGAGGACCAGGUGGUGGCCGUGUUCGUGGUCACUUUCGAUCCCCGCACCGGUAACAUGCUGGAAUGGUGUCUACCUCAGGAUAUUGAUCUGGAAGGAGUUGAAUUCAAAUCCAUGGCCAGUGGGUCCCAUAAAAUUCAGUCUGACUUCAUCUAUUUCCGAAAAGGGCAUUUCUUUGGCCUUGCCUGUUUUGCUAACAUGCCUGUGGAGAGUGAACUGGAGCGUGGAGCACGUAUGAAAUCUGUGGGCAUUCUCUCACCUUCCUAUACCCUCCUUUACAGAUACAUGCACUUCUUAGAGAAUCAAGUCCGACACCAGCUAGAGAUGCCGGGACAUUAUUCUCAUCUGGCUGCAUUCUAUGAGGACAAAAAAGGUGUGCUUCGCGCUGGUGAGGGAAAACCCAACUCUGUGCACCCUGUUCACUGGCUGCCCUCCAUCCAUCGAUAUAUGUAUCCAGAGAUGAAGAUCACACACCCAGCUGGCUGUAUGUCUCAGUUUAUUAAGUUCUUUGGGGAGCAAAUCCUUAUCCUUUGGAAGUUUGCUUUGCUUCGAAAACGCAUUUUGAUAUUCUCUCCUCCACCCGUGGGAGUUGUGUGCUACAGAGUAUACUGCUGCUGCUGCCUGGCCAAUGUCUCUCUGCCGGGCAUAGGAGGAACAAUUCCUGAAUCCAAACCCUUUUUUUAUGUGAAUGUGGCAGAUAUUGAGAGUCUAGAGAUAGAAGUAUCUUAUGUGGCUUGUACAACAGAGAAGAUCUUUGAAGAGAAGCAUGAUUUGUAUGAUGUUUAUGUGGACAACCAGAAUGUGAAGACACACCACGAACACCUGCAGCCACUGCUUAAGCUCAACAGUGCUGAUAAAGAAAAAUACCGGAGACUUAAUGAGCAGAGGCAGAUGCUGUUGUACUCUCAGGAGGUGGGUGAGGACUGCAACCCUUGUGAAGAAGACCUCUUUGUUUUGUUUUUCUUGGAGCAGAACAACAGGAUAUUCCAGACUUUGCUGGAGGUCUCCGCAAGCCAGGACAAGACACUGACAGCAGAGCAUGCCCGGGGAAUGGGCCUGGAUCCCCAAGGGGACCGAAGCUUCCUUAUGGACUUGCUGGAAGCAUAUGGCAUUGAUGUGAUGCUAGUCAUCGAUAAUCCCUGCUGCCCUUAGAGAGGGUUGGUGAAGAAAUGACUCCCUCAUGUGAAGAGACACGCACCCCUGGAAUUCACCCCACUGGCUCCCAAAGGAUUUCAUUUUUAUUUAACAAGUUUAUAUGAAAGAACAUUAUUUAUACUUUUCAACAAACAUAACUUUUACAUUUUCCUUUUUUUCCCCCUUCCUUAUCCCUCAAAUUAAACGACCUUGGUUUUGUAUUCUGGCUUUGAUAGAACUUUCACCCCAAAACUGUCCAGGUUUUUGGGCCUGGUCUGACCUUGGGAAGUGAGAGUGAAAGCUGAUUUCUUAAGGAGAUCUUCUAGAGUGACUCAGGGAUGAGAUCAAGUGGAAGAUUGGUUACCAGGACAGCCCGCUUCUCUAAAACACUGGAACAGACUUCAGGAAGGUUAUUUCUGUUACUGGCAGUGUUCAAGAGAAGACAACUAUCUGUCCAGUAUGAUUGAAAUAUACCCUUACCUGAAGGCAAGGGACCAGAUACCUUAAGUCCCUGGAUGCAUUUUAGGAUUUUGAUCCUCUGAUUUCAUCAUGUGAAUUCCUGUUUGGUGGCCAGUUGCUUCAACUAAAGGAAGCAAGUACACUUUUGGUAGCAGUGACUGUAGGGCAGGACAUAAGCAUGUGUCUCAGCCUAAGUACUACUGAAAACUGGUAUAAUGUCAUAAGAAACUUGCAAGAGUCGAAGGAGGCCCUGAAACACUUUUACAGGACUGCUACAGGCCAUUCAUUCCCUUUUCUCUCCAUUCUAUAUUCUACAUAGCUCAUGCUAGAGCUUGGAUGGGGGCAGGAAUUGACUACCGUGCCCUUGACAAAAAUUUCCCACGGGUUAGUUUCCACUGAGGGCUAUGUGUACUGGGUUUAAAGAGCAGAGUUUAUUUUAUAAGAUAGAAAACUGGCAUGAAACUGAAAGGAAGGUUGGACUCUAAAUCUACUGAGUACUAGGGCUGGUUAUUUCAACUGGUCAGAGUAUUAAAGCUAAGGAAACAGAUGUGAUCUCUUUUAAAGGUCCUAUUUAUCUUUAGUAUGAAGGGCCAUGAAUGGCAUUCUUGAGUCUAGUAACUGAAGCCAGGGACAGAGAAGUUAAUUUAUUCCCUUCCUUGGUAGGAAGGAAUCUCAACAGUGCCUUCUCUCAGGGUAGAGUUAUCAAGAACACUAGUGAACACGAGUUGUGGAUGCAUCCAAGUUCCCACAGAGCUUUCUGUCUGGAUGCCUUUCACAGCCAUAUUCAAAGUGGUGGGUGACUGCCCUCCUGUUAACUUGGGGGAAGAGGAGGGGAAUUGUUAAGUCAGCUGCAGUCAGCAGCCUGCUCGUGGGAGCUACAAUGAGACCUUUCACAAUCCAGGCCCAUGGAUAUGGUGGGGUAGGAACUAUUCUUUCUCCUGGGUCUCAGUUUUCAUAGCUUGGGCUUGGGAAGUGCUUUCUCCCCUUCUUUCUCUCACUAUAUUAUUUUAACAUGAAUAUAUGUGACCGUAACCAUGAUCCACCAGAUGAAUUGACAUAGUUGGGAAGAACAAUGAGGAAAAAAUGAAUUAUAUUUUUUUUUACCAUCAGGGAUGACAAAGGCUUCUGCUUUCUUUAGAAGUGUUGGCCGAGCCUGACUUUUAGGAUGUGAAAUUUGAGUACUGUGAAAUGCAGAUAUACUUGAUGGUAAUACAAACACAUUCUCCAUAUUCAGGGUAUAUACUUUCAAGUAUAGACAAAAGACUUAAUGAAUUUCUUUUUUUUGCUAUGGGUGCAGUGGCCAGCGUUCCAAUGAUACAAGUAUUUGUAAAGAAAAAAAAUCUGUAACUUCCUCUUGGGAACACUGUGGGCCUUCUUUUUUGCCUCUAUUACUCCACUGUCUUUAAAAUGCCUCUACAUUCAUAGGAUCUGAGGUUUAAAAAGACCUUUGGGGAUAUAUAUUCAAUCUGAGGUACAAUCCAGCCUCUUCUGUCAUAUUCACUAAUUUUGCCUUAUGCUAGCAGGUAAGGACUUUACCCUCUAAUUCCUGCAGAGCUUAAGCACCUAUGUCUAAUCAUCCCCAUCAAUUCCCUUAAAGCAGACUGGAAACCAAGGGCCUGGACCUCAUGAUGGAAAGGCAUCCACUUAGGUACAUAGGAUGUCAGAACUACUUAAGAGGCAUUAGCCAGAACAAGUCAUUCUGUGGACUCCAAAUGUCUUCUUGCUUUAAAGUCCAGUUCAUUUUACAAAGAGUUAGACAGUGGCAGUACUCAUCAGUGUAAGGAAAGGAGACAGGAUUCAGAUCUGUCUGGAGCUUUCUGAUCUAGCUAGACCUGAGGCAUUCCUUCUCCCUAGUAUGGUGAUUACCAUUCUUGGUUUGCAAUAUUAGACCAGGGGCUUCAUACACUAUUGAACCAUAGUAAACGGUCACUGACUUGAAGUAGAAAACAUUUUGCUCUCAUAGGGCAUCAGCCAUCAAAGCAUCACAGAUGUUUUUCAUUCCUAUUUUUUUUGGGGGGGGGAGAAGCAGGCUAGGGAUUAAAAGGAACAUGAGGGAUUUGCUAGGUAGAAUCUGUGGUACUUAUUUGCAUAUGUAAUUUACCUUGUUCUUCCCUAUGGUAAAAUAAAGCAAAAUUUGAGACCAAAACAUGUAUGUAAAAAACCCAUAUAGUGUGAAAAUUCCCCUACCAACUACUGAUCCAUCACAUUUCAACCUGAGCAGUGGAGGAUGAAGAUAAAUUUAAAACCUUACUGCUAUCUUGUUCUUUUUAACAAAAGCAUGAGAAUUGAAGAUGCUUAUGUUUGAGCAAACUAGAAAAUCCUUUAAAAUAGUUAGAACUAUGAAGUUACUUGCCUUUAAAGGAGUCUUUUGGGGGAAACCCCUUGUGAAGAGCAACAACUAAACUGACCUUUUAAUGGCAGUGGUGCUCCCCAGCUAAGGAAAGGUAAAAACUUACACUCUAGGCAAUAGUGGAGCUCUCCGGGCAUGAUGGGCCAGCGGUCUUGCCAAUCCCAACAGCUCAAGCCUGUAAGAAUUGAGGGGCCCAAAGAGUCAAUGUUCUCCCAAGAUCUGAUGCCCUAUAGCAGUAAGCAAAAAACUGGGGAGACCCAAGAAUAGGUGUCUUAUCCCCAAGGUCUGUCUUUGCACUCGGCUGAUGGGACCAAGAAUCCCUUGCUUUGGGUGGUAAAAGCUUCAACCUCCCCAUCCCCUGAACUGUGAGUGCAGAGCAGCCCCCUUCCCUUUGUAGAGCCCACGCAUCCUUUAUGAUGACUUGCAGGACUGUUUCCUAUUAAAAAGUGAUGCUACCACAAUUUGACUUGAGAGUGGAGUCCAUGCCUUUCCGCAUGUCCUUAAAAGAUGUGAUUAGAAAUCUUAUCUUGAUUACUAAUAGGUCUGUGCUCUAAAGAGCUACAGAAGAUUACUGAAUAUUGUCAGAAAAUCCUGCAAGUUGAUUUUUUUUCUUACAGGAAAGGGAAAGUUAUUUUUCUAUCAGUGACUAAAUAUUUAAGGGAUUUCAAAACUACAAUGCUGGAAGAAGGCAAUUUUGUUAUAUUAAGGAAACCUGCCCUAAAAGAAGCCACAGGAGUAUGAUUUAAACAUCUUAGCAGAGGGAUAGUUGUCAUCCAAUUACGAAUAUUCUCUUCUUAGGAAAUGAGGUUUAGUUAUUCCUGAAGGAGAUAACACAACUAGUUACACCAACUACAAAAGAAAUCUAUUUUCUUAGAAAGCAGUAAAGCUGCAUGUUCCUGACCGAUCGACUCCUGUUAACAAAUGCCUCCCUUUGUUCUGAUGGAAAGGUUGAAGGGCAAGGGGGUGGGGUGGGAGAGAGGAGAAGAAACAUCCAAACCUUCCCCCCCCCAUUAGGUUUAUUCACUUCAUUCAGGUCAAUCUUUGGUCAUCUUGGAAGCACCGGUUAAAUUGAAGAAAAAACAACAGAUGUAGAUGAAUAUAAUCUGAUUUCUCUUGCCCUAUGACCAGUGCAGCCUCCUGAACACCUUAAAGAUGGAAAGCACUUCUAUUAACAUCUUGCUAGCAAUAACAAAAACCUGACGGUUUUUCCCUUCUCUCCAAAACCCCUUUCCCUGAAGAGUUUGCCUACCAAAUAUGAAACCACGGAAGCAAAUACUACUCCAACGACAAUGCUUGCAAAACCCUACUAACUCUUAGCUGUGGCGAUUCCAAAGGCCCAACAAAGGUUGGGGUUACCCCUAAUGAUAAGACAAAAAUGGCACUUGAAUUUGUUCUGUUGUACAAAUGGUUACUGUAUAGUUUAUAUCAUACCUGUAUAGAUCUGAGCCAAGUGGUCUACAGAGGCUGAUAUGACCAGAGUUAUGGAAAAUCGUUUUUACAAUUAAAGUUCACGUUUUAACAUGAA